CCCGCUCGCUGGGGGAUGCUCGGGCGGGGCAGGGGGCAGGGCAGGAGCCGCGGGCUGGGGUGGCGGGGGCGGCUCUCCGCGCUCCCCCCCGCCCGGCCCGGGGCGGCCCGUGGGCCCCGCCCGGCCCCGCCCGGGCUGAAAGGGGGAGGCGGGCGGCUGCUCCUGUCCCAGCGCCGCCUCGGCUCUGCGUGCGCACCGGGCCGCGCCGCCGGCCGCGCUCGCUCAGCAAUGAAGAUGAUAAAGGUGCUACCGUGUCCUGCUGCUCUUCUCUUCCUAGUGGCUGCAUUUGCUCUGGAGCCAUCCCACUGUGCCAAGGUGUUGAUCAUGCCCACCGUCGUCUUUGACAGCCACUUGCGAGUCUUCAUGCGAGUGGCAGAGGCGCUGACUGACCGAGGCCAUGACCCCGUGCUGCUUCUUCAUGAGAGUCGGGAUGUGGAAACCUACCUGCCUGGCUUCCGUGUGCAAAGGUACUGGGGUAUCUUCAGCACAGAGAGUGCAGAUGCCUGGGUGCAGGAGAAGAUAAAGCGUGUCUUCCAAGGGAAGAUGACCUCUCUGGAGAUGUUUUCCUUUUUGGAGAAGUACCUGGAAAACUGUGACCUGGUGCUGGGAAACUCCACCCUUCUGCAGAAACUCCAGCGUGAGCACUUUGAUCUCCUGCUGGUGGACCCCAAUGAGAUGUGCGGCUUUAUCCUGGCCCACAUCCUCCGUGUCAAAUAUGCUGUGAUCUCCACUGGCUUCUGGUUUCCAGCAGAGAUUGGUGCUACUUCCCCCAUUGCCUACGUCCCUGAGUUUAACUCCCUGAUGACAGACAAGAUGGGCUUCUUUGGUAGGACUUGGAAUCUCCUAGUCUACAUGAUCACCCGUGUGGCUACAAAGUUGGUCAUCCUGCCCAAGUUUGAGCGUCUCAUGGAGAAGCACAGGGUGGAGCCCAAGACAUCCAUGUUGGACCUUGUCCAUGGAACUAGCCUCUUCUUCCUCUGUAAUGACGUCGUGCUGGACUUUCCCCGCCCAACGCUCCCCCAUGUCAUUUUCACAGGGGGGAUCCUUGCUGAGCCUGCAAAGCCCCUUCCAGUGGGUCUGCGUCUCUGGGUGGAAGCAGCAGAUGCAGGUGUUGUUGUUGUCUCCUUUGGCAUUGGGAUCCGAGCUCUUCCGAGCGAUUUGGUGGAGAAGAUGGCUGGCGCGUUCGCUCGCCUCCCGCAGAGGGUGGUGUGGAGAUACUUUGGGCAGAAGCCAAGAAACCUGGGUGAGAAUACGCUGAUGAUGGGGUGGCUGCCCCAGAACGACCUGCUAGGCCACCCCAACGUGAAAGCCUUUGUCAGCCACUGCGGGAUGAACGGUGUAUUUGAGGCAAUUUAUCAUGGGGUGCCAGUGGUGGGGUUUCCUUUCUAUGGGGACCAGUUUGACAUCAUGACCAGAGUGCAGGCAAAGGGCAUGGGUAUCCUCAUGGACUGGAGCAGAGUAAAAGAAGAGGAUCUUUACCAGGCUGUCGUCACAGUUAUCUCUGACCCCAGCCUGUCAUCAGGGAAAGUGGGAUCACAACCUCACCUUGGGAUGUCCCUGGUCUUGCCCAAACAGCGCAGAGAGGGGACUGCAGCUACAGAAAAGCAGCCAAGCUCAUCUCGGCUUUGCACCUGGACAGACCGAUGCACGCUCUCAACAGGACAGUGUACUGGCUGGAGUACAUCCUCCGUCAUGACGGGGCACCGUAUCUUCGCCCAGCUGUUUACGACCUUUCCUUAUAUGAGUACUUCUGCCUGGACAUCCUGGCUCUUCUCUUGUUGUGUCUGGCUGGUGUUGGAUUCGCCCUCCACAAGUGCGUGGUGUGGUGCAGAAGGAAGGGGGGCAGCCCCAUGUACCAGAAUGGCAACUGCAUGAAAGGCCACUUCACAGAAGAGAAGAAGUUGCAAUAGUGGCUCAGCAUGUCCCAGGGCACAUCCCGUCACUGUGAAACGAACUGCUGCCGUGCCAAGAAAUGUAUGGCACGCAGGCACGGAGCGAGGCGAAAGAUCGGCAGGUCUGGGUGAGGAGAGGGGAGGGAGGAGCGCUGCAGGGACCUGCGUGCACACCUCUGUGUGCGGCGCUGGGGGCGGGGGCACGGGCUCAGGCGUGGGUGAAUGCACUUGGCCAGGAUGCUGGGAAUGGGGCAUGGGUAGGUAGACUUCCAGGGAGAUGUGCAGGUUGUUCCCUUUGUAUUGCAAGUGAGGUUAGAUGUUGGUGUUGCUCUUUGGGCUUUUUGGAUCUUCUGCGGAGGCUCUGGAGGUAAGAAUAACAUUUCAUGUGUGGCAGACACCCUUUUCUCCUCUGCCUUGUUACCCAGAGCCCUGCGGGUCAGGAUUCCUUUAUAUGCAGGUGAGGAACUCGCGUAGAGCUGUGGACAGGGAAGGGCACUGAAAGUAUCACCUACAAGAGAGUGAAAUCGGUCUGGUUUAAGUUCUGUGGGUAAAUAUUGUUCUUCCUGCUUCAAUCAAGCCAUCCUGUUUGUGUUUGAGCUAAAUUAUUAUUUUUUAAAAUAAAGUUAUAUUCUUUCUCCUGUG